GAAGACGUCAGGGCUGGAGCCCACACCAGGGAUGGACCCCUUCGCGGACACGCUGUGGCGGCUGCGGGAGACCUUCAGGUCUGGGCGGACGAAGGGGGCCGAGUUCCGGGUCUCACAGCUGGAGGCCCUGGGCCGCUUCCUGCAGGAGAAGAAGACGCUGCUGCAGGAGGCCCUGGCCAAGGACCUGGGCAAGUCCCCGUUAGAGUCGGACAUAAUGGAGAUCAUCAUUUGCCAGAAUGAGAUCACCUUGGCUAUCAAGAACCUGCCCAGCUGGAUGAAGGAUGAGCACGUGUCCACCAACCUGUUCACGAAGCUGAAUUCCAGCUUCAUCCGGAAGGAGCCCUUGGGCCUCGUCCUUAUCAUCAGCCCCUGGAACUACCCCAUCCAGCUGACGCUGUUGCCCCUGGUGGGCGCCCUGGCCGCAGGGAACUGCGUGGUGCUGAAACCUUCCGAGCAGAGCCAGAGCAUGGAGAAGGUCCUGGCUGAGGUGCUGCCCCAAUACCUGGACCAGAACUGCUUUGCAGUGGUGCGGGCUGGACCCCAGGAGACGCAGCAGCUGCUGGAGAACAAAUUCGACCACAUCUUCUUCACAGGGAGUCCCCACGUGGGCAAACUGAUCAUGGCCGCCGCUGCCAAGCACCUGACGCCUGUCACGCUGGAGCUGGGGGGCAAGAACCCCUGCUACGUGGAUGAUGACUGCGACCCGCAGACCGUGGCCAACCGCGUGGUGUUCUUCCGCUACUUGAACGCCGGCCAGACCUGCGUGGCGCUGGACUACGUCCUGUGCAGCCGCGAGACGCAGGAGCGCCUGCUGCCGGCCAUGCAGAGCGCCAUCACCCAGUUCUACGGUGAGGACCCCAAGGCGUCCCCGGACCUGGGCCGCAUCAUCAACCAGAAGCAUUUCAAGAGGCUGCAGGGCCUGCUGCGCUGUGGGCGCGUGGCCAUCGGGGGUCAGAGCGAUGAGACCACGCUCUACAUCGCCCCCACGGUGCUGGUGGACGUGCAGGAGACAGAGCCCGUGAUGCAGGAGGAGAUCUUCGGGCCCAUCCUGCCCCUGGUGACCGUGCGGGGCCUGGACGAGGCCGUGGACUUCAUCACCCGUCGAGAGAAGCCGCUGGCGCUGUACACCUUCUCCAACAACAGUCAGGUGGUGGAUCAGAUGCUGGCAUGGACUAGCAGUGGCAGCUUUGCGGGUAAUGAGGGUUUUACCUUCCUGACGCUGCCCUCCCUGCCAUUUGGAGGCGUGGGCCAGAGCGGGAUGGGCAGGUACCACGGCAAGUUCUCCUUCGACACCUUCUCCCACUUCCGCACCUGCAUGAUUGCCUACCCAGGGCUGGAGAAGCUUCAUGAACUACGCUACCCACCCUAUUCCCAGAGGAAAAAGAACCUCAUCACCUGGGCCCUGAACUCCCAGAGCUGCACCCUUCUCUGAUCACCUCCUCACCCUUUUUCCGUGCUACCAGGAGGCAGGCGGCCCACCCCGGAGAAUCGACACCCAUUCCUCUGGCUUUGUCUGGUCAGAUGCCUGACUGGGCAGGACCAGUCUCCUCUCAGACCCAAGUCCACUAGCUCUGUAGCCUCUUGAUCGGACCCUCUUCUUGGAUAUGCCUGGUGAUGAGGGGCCCGCCCCGUCCAAUUAGCAAGGACUUCCGGUGCCACCUUCUCUAAGUAAACCCCCAGAGCCUAGCAGCUCCCU